CGGCUUCCAAGGGUCCAGCGAGGGCUAACCGGCUUCUGUGCCCCGACGCCGGGAGCCUCGUAGCUGCGGGCGCCGCUUCUCGCGGGUGGCAGGAGCAGGAUGUAUACGCUGUUGUCUGGGCUUUAUAAGUACAUAUUCCAGAGGGAUGAAUACUGCAUCUUGAUCCUGGGGUUGGACAAUGCUGGUAAAACGACCUUCCUUGAGCAAACUAAAAUCCGAUUUAACAGAAACUAUAAAGGGAUGAGCUUAUCUAAAAUUACGACUACUGUAGGCUUAAACAUUGGCACUAUUGAUGUGGGCAAAGUCCGGCUAAUGUUCUGGGAUCUUGGAGGGCAGGACGAGUUGCAGUCUCUCUGGGACAAGUAUUAUGCUGAAUCCCAUGGGGUCAUCUAUAUUAUCGAUUCCACGGAUGAGGAGAGACUGUCAGAAUCUAAAAGAGCUUUUGAGAAGAUGAUUACUAGUGAAGUUCUCGAAGGUGUUCCUAUUCUAGUACUGGCUAACAAACAGGAUGUAGAGACAUGUCUGUCGAUCCCUGACAUCAAGACUGCUUUUAGUGACUGCAUUAACAAAAUUGGGAAGAGGGAUUGCUUGACACAGGCCUGCUCAGCUCUCACUGGCAAAGGAGUGAAUGAGGGAAUCGAGUGGAUGGUGAAGUGUGUAGUGAGGAACAUUCACCGGCCCCCACGGCAGAAAGACAUCACGUAAGGAGGUGUUGGUUAACCUAGGCACAGACGGCUUCUUUCCAUGCAGUCUCUCUGCUCUCCAAAGAAGAAGGUUCACUGGACUCUUAUUACACCUGAUUCUGUCUUCAAAUGUUUGUUUCAAACAAACUCUUUCUGUGUCUAAAAGAACUUCAGAGCGAUGGAUUCCAACUUGCAACAUGGUUCUUGCAUUGUGUAUUAAGCUCUUGGCCCAAGAGCAUGGCCUUCCUGAAGGCUGCGUAGUGACUCACUAUGUCCAAGCUCCAUAGGUGCAAAGGAUUUUGAGAUUUCUACUUCAUUGUUUUGGGCUGUGGGAUUUGUGAUUCUCAUGUCUUUAAUCUAACAGGCGCCAUAUGCAAAUUCAUUUGGACUCUUAUUCCAAACCUUAAUUGUCUUGGAGUCAGGGGCAAGGGGUUUGCUUGGGGGGAAAGAGAUGGCCAUCCCUUGUAACAAAGGCAACAUUUCACCACUAUUACCCUAAUGAUCAUUUUGGAUGGUCUUACAGGUCCUAUGUAUGCUGCUGUUAAUAUAAUGGACAGGGUUAACAGUAAUUGUUCCGUUUCCAGUUUGGCCAUGUUGAUUUGUGACUUUAUCUACAGUAACUGCAGAGAUGUAAGCCAGCAGGUACAUAAUGGUGUAUAAGCUCACAAUGGGCUAUUUUGACUGGAAAUGACCUUUACAAGUGUCACCUUUCAUUGACUCUUGAUAGCACUCCUAUGCUGUCCAUUUAAUGGAGAGAAUAAUCAGCAACUGGAAGGAAUCCAUACCCUCUAUGUAUGUUCCAGGAUGAAAGCUAUACCUGUAGACUGAGAAGGAUCUACAUACAAUAAAGCUUCAUACUCCUCUGCAUGUCUCUGUUACUCAAGCCUUUAGUUAAAAGGCUUCCUCAGUACAGGAUUUUGGUCUGAGGAAAUGUUUGAAAGGAACAAAAUAGAGAAAGUGGCUCCUGUCUAAGCUGAAAGUAAAUCAUUCCAAACCCAUUGGUUCCUUCUGGCCUGCUACAGAACUAAUGAUCUUUUGAUGAAUCUUAAGUGUUCCUUAAAUUUCAUAUUUUGAAGCAAAACCAUUGAUUAAAUUUCAGAUGUGUUAGCAGGAGUCAUUGUUGACCUGUUGUGGUUACACUAGUAUGUCAUAGCAUCGCUGACCUGUCAUGUUACAUUGCUCAUAUAAAGGAGUUACAAAAC